AUGGACAGCUAUCGAAAGAUUAUCGCGGCAGGUGCCGUUUUAUCCCUCCUCCUCCUCAAGGGCGCUAACGCGCAAGCACAGCCAUACGCGCAAUGCGGUGGGUCUGGAUAUACCGGUCCGACCACCUGUGUUAGUGGAUGGACAUGCGUCUACAGCAGUGAAUGGUACUCUCAAUGCCUUCAAGGGACUGCUGCAAUCUCCAGCACAGCCGCCACCACGACGAGGACAACUACUAGUGCUGCCACAACUAGCCGAACGACUACAACGAGUUCUAAAACUACUCUUUCCACCACCAUUCGUACGACCACAACCUCCGCCUCACCAGGUGCCACCGGGUGUGUUAUAUAUGUCUCCACAAGUGGCUCUGACUCCAACAAUGGCAGUAUAAACUCUCCAUUUGCUGGCAUUCAAAAGGCCGUUGACACUGCAACCCCAGGAUGUACGAUCUACAUCCGCAGUGGCACCUAUAAACCGUUAAAGAAUAUUCAAAUCGCGAAAAGUGGAACAUCUUCUCAGCGAUAUACUAUUUCUGCCUACCCUGGUGAGAAGGUUAUCAUCGAUGGAGAUAACAUGACCGGCACACCCGCAGACUUGAACGCCAGCCUGGCCAACUCUGACCGUGGUAUCUUCCACGUCCAAAAUGCCAAUUAUUGGACCUUCAAGAAACUUGAGCUAAUCAAUGGACCAUACGGGAUGUACAACCGUGACGCCUCGUACAACGACUUCUUGGAUCUCAUAACCAGAGAUAACUAUGAGUCAGGUUUCCAACUCGAAGGAGAGGUUGCCUAUUGCAAUGUUAUCAACUUAGACAGUUACGGAAACCGUGAUCCCAGAAAGAACGGUGAAUCUGCCGACGGUCUUGCUAUCAAACAAGGUCGCGGCGCAGGAAACGUUGUCCGUGGCGCUAGGCUCUGGAACAACGUGGAUGACGGUAUGGACCUUUGGAUGUUCGAAACCCCCAUUCUCAUCGAAAACACCAUCGCCUGGGGUAAUGGUGUCAACAGAUGGGGCUUCUCCCCCUUCGAAGGGGACGGCAAUGGCUUCAAACUCGGUGGCGGAGAUCCAGACGUUCCAGCCAACCAUAUAAUCCGUAACUGCUACGCCUUCUCUAACGCCAAGCACGGCUUCACAGACAACGGCAACUACGGCACUCUCAACCUUGACCACAAUACCGCCUGGAAGAAUGGCGGCACAGGAUUUUCUUUCGCGAACUCCCCCAGCAAGUUGACCAACAACCUGGCCAGCAACAACGCCGCCACUUACACUCUCAAAUCCGGUGGCUCUCAGAGUGCAAACUCUUGGAAUAUUGGUGGCACAUGGAACGAUGCGAGGUUUAUCAGUACCACGACUGCCCUUGUUACCGGAGCUCGCGAUUCAAACAAUAUGAUUCCUGCUAGCGACUUUUUGCUCCUGAAGGAUGGAACAACCACUGGCGCUACUACGCACGUUUAG